AUGCAGUACUCCGAUCGACGAAUAAAGGUUCCCCUCUCGGCAUUUCGUCCUGUGCUGGACUCAAAGUGUGUACCGUUAACGCUGGCGUCGGCUCAACAAGGGUGUGGGGAGUUGCAACUGAGUGGUGUUGUUGUUGCACCUGCGUGGCCCGCCUUCAUGCUGGCCGCCUUCUUGGGAGACAACUAUGAGCAGAUUAUGACGCUUGCCUUACGCGCCUCCAAAGAACAGCUGUGUGGUCGAAUAGUCUCUGAGGGUGACGUUUUUGCCCUUCACGUCACACCGCAACUUUUUUUUGAGCGUCAGCUGGUUUGCACCGACGUCGCCGAAGUUGUGCUGGCGCACGUUGCACAUCUUGCACAGAGCGGCAACGCGGAAACGGCGGCAAGAUCGUUGAUGCACAAUGACGGCAUCAUUGCGAUACCACUUCGCGUUGUUGAAGUGACAACAACUUCCGGUAGACCGUUCGGGUGGCUUGACUUGAAUAAUGGUGGGACGGAGGUUGUUUUAUCGAUUCACAGCAUCGCACUUUGCGCAGAUGUGACCCCGCUAUUUCCGCCAUGGCGUCUACGGGAAACAUUAUAUUUAAAGUUGUCUCUGACUGUGGCCAUUCUUGAUGCACUGGGCACUGUUUUUUUACCAUCGCACUCAGCUGAGACCCAUGUCUUUGUGGUGCAUGCACUUCCAGAGAAUUUCCCAUAUGAGAGCAUUACAACCGCGUUAGCCGUACAUGGUGUGGGGGCCCUCAUUGUCGACCUUGAUCGCCGGCAACGGGAUGAGAUGCAGCACCUCAUUUCGGACUAUAUGCAAAGUCUGGGGGAGGUUGCACUCGUGGUUAAGAAUUCGCAACUCCUGCCUGAGCAUCCCCAAUUGCUGCAUUUGUUUGAUACGGAUGACAUUGACACUUCUACUACUAAUACUGCCCGGGUUGGAGUUCGUGUUAUUUUUCUAGUCUGUGAGAGCACGGAGGCACCACCGCCGACGGUGGCGGCCAGAGCUCGAAAUGUGGGAGGUUUGCUUAAGGGCACUAACCCAUCGGACGCCGAUCGUCGUGUUAUCGUGGAAACGUUGUUUCAGGAGGCCCAACGUUCCUUUGGCAUCUGUAAGAGUCUGUUGUUGUCAUUUGAUUCCAUGGCAGCGUGGCUGGUGGGACUGAGUGCUGCCGAUGUGGUGGCGUACAUGCAGGAGUGCCUCUCACUGCUGAGCUCUAUGCGGUUGCCCGAGGGAGUAAGGCCGGUUCUUUCGGAAUCUUUGUCUGGGAGUGUGCUGCAAAAGUACCAAAAAGCACAUGGACACAGCCUCGUCUCGACCAAACUGCAGCCAGUGCGGUGGAAAGAUGUAGGCGGCUUGGAAGAUGCGAAGCGAGAGCUGCGGGAAACGAUUCAGUUGCCCCUAUUGCAUCCAGAUCUUUUUUCCAACGGCGCAAAACGACGGGCAGGUAUUCUUUUCUACGGGCCACCAGGGUGUGGCAAGACACUCCUGGCAAAGGCAGUGGCUACGGAGAUGAAUAUGAAUUUCAUGGCCGUGAAAGGGCCGGAACUGAUCAAUCAAUAUGUGGGUGAGAGCGAAAAGAACAUACGCCUCCUCUUUCAACGUGCACGGGACAACUCGCCCUGCAUCAUAUUUUUUGACGAGCUUGACGCGCUGGCGCCAGCACGUGGCGCCAAGGGUGACGCUGGCGGGGCUAUGGACCGCGUAGUUGCGCAGCUGCUUGUCGAGGUAGACGGUGUGGGCCAUGCGCGUACGGAUGGCACUGCUGUUGCCCAGGUGUUCAUCAUUGGCGCCACAAAUCGCCCAGAUUUGCUGGAUCCGUCACUGCUGCGCCCUGGCCGCUUUGACAGACUGUGCUACCUGGGCCUCCCUGCGACAAGAGAGGAGCAGCUUGUUGCUCUCCAGGCGCUCACACGGAAGUUUGACCUCGCUUAUGACGUGGACUUUGACAAACUCCUUGAGCCCCUCGAAUUUGAGUACACCGGCGCUGACUUCUUUGCACUUUGCUCCGACGCCAUGAUGUUUGCUGUGGAGUCGAUGUUGGAGCACAUUGUUGCGGAGGAGGACUGCAUCGUGCCGGAGGCGGCGGCGAGGGACGCUGAAGAAACGCCGCGUCUUGUUGUUCAGAUGCGUGACUUUGUGCGUGCGCGCGACCAACUGAAGCCGUCCGUGUCGAAGAGCGACCUCAGGCGCUACGAGGGCCUUCAGUCGAAAUUUACAACCUGGUAG